GGAAGCACCAGCCCUACACCUACCCUUUUUUCUCUGUUGGACUCUGACCGUGGAGCGCCUCCAGGGAACUCUGACAGGGACGCAGCAGAGCUCCAGGAUGCUUCAUGUGACGGACAGACAGUCUCUGAACUUCCAGUUUAGUGCCUUCACUGUCCUGCUUUUCCACCCUGUUGUCUUCCUCGCCCUGAUACACUCAUGUACAGGUCAGUCUCAGCUGAUUGGUCCGUCUCAGCCAAUAGUGGCAUUAGUCGGUGAUGACAUCAUUUUGCCGUGUCACCUGGACCCUGCCAUGAAUGUCUUUGACAUGUUAGUAGAGUGGGCGAGACCUGACCUGGACCCCAGGUUUGUGGUGGUGUGGCGUGACGGUGUGGAACUGGAGAGUAAGAAACAUCCGUCCUACAGAGGAAGAACAUCAGUGUUCACUGAUGAACUGAAGCACGGAAACGUUUCACUGAAACUGUCCAACGUGAGAAGAUCUGAUGAGGCAACAUACAGAUGUUUCAUUCCAGAAAUAGACAGAGACAGAGCCCUGACUGUUCAGCUGGUUGUUGGUGCCGUCUCCUCACCUGUAAUCCAGAUGACUAAGACCAUGAGUGAAGUGGUUCUACAGUGUGAGUCUGCAGGCUGGUAUCCAGAGCCUGAGGUGCUGUGGCUGGACACUGAGGGAAACCUCCUCUCUGCUGGACCUACAGAGACACUCAGAGGUCCUGAUGACCUCUACACUGUCAGCAGCAAUGUGACUGUGGACAAGAGACACGGCAACAACUUCACCUGUAGAGUCCAUCAGAAGAACAUCAACCAGACCAGAGAGACACACGUCCUGGUUCCAGAUCAUUUCUUCAUGGUCCCCAGUGAUCCCAGUACUCCCAGUACUCCUGGUAGUCAACAUGUUAUUAUUGGCUCAGUUAUAGGCUGUGCUGCUCUGGUGUUAAUUGCUGCUGCUGCUGUCUUUGUCGUGUGGAAACAGAGACGAAAGAAAUUCAAAAACAAUAGGAGGAGCCAUGAAGACGGACCUGAGCAGACGGAGGCAGAAACGAUGGUCACAUGUAGAAGUGAUAACACAGGAUUUCAGGUUGUGGUGGAAGGAGAAGAAGAGAGGGUACCUCUUAUGGCAGGAAGUGAAGGACAGAAUAAUGUAGACAAUAGAGGAGAGGAGAAGAUCUCACAGUCUCACAGUGAACAUGAAGACCCACAGGUUGGAGCUGAAAGAGAAACACACCAGAACCAGCUUGUCACAAAUCCAGACAUGGACAGAACGGAAGGAGAGAGAGAAGUGAAAUCAAUCGAAAAUGAAAAAUUACCUUUAAUUGCAACAGAAGGAGAAAAUCAUCAAGAGCAGGACAUGACAGGUAGACAAGUAUUGCGUGAUCGGGGCGAGGGUGGAGUAGAGCAGAAGAUGAAACCAGUAAAAAAAGAUUCAGGACUUCCAGUGGCAGAGGAGGCUGAAGGACAAAAAGAACAGCUGCAAAAUGUCCACAGUGAUCAGGAUGUGCAAAAAGAGGAAGAGACACAGCAAGAGCCAAUGACUGAUGAGGACAAAAAAGAGAAAAGAAAUAAGAAAAAGAAAGCAAAGGGAAAGAAUGAGAAGCAAGUGAAAAAGGGACGUUCUACAUCUAUAGGACGGAAGAAGAACCAGAGAGAUCCAUCACAGCCAGAGGCAGAGAGAACGACAGUGGAGGACGAGACGAAGCUUCAAUCAGAGACGCAGAAAAGAAAAGAGACAGAGAAAGACAACAUAGAGCUCAAACCACAGAAAGGAAAUGUCAGCCAACAUCUACUACAAGACAGAAAACAGGAGAUGAGAGAAGCAGAACAUAAGAAAGACAAAGAUCAGGAGGGAAACCAGAGUAACAUUCAGAGAACGACAGAAAGGAGAGCAGAGAAACAAGAGAAGAAACUGAAGGAAGAGAAGAUGGAGAAUGAGAGGAAGCUUCAGUCAGAGAGGACAGAGGUCAAAACACAGGAAGGAGGAGACAACCAGCAAGUUUUAGAUGCCAACAGACCAGAACAGACGGCUGAACAUGAGAAUAAGAAAGACAAAGAUCAGAGGGACGUAACUACGACGACAGGAAGUAAAGCAGAGAAACAAGAGGAGCACAUGAACAAGAAAGUGGAGGAAACAGAGGGAAAGAGGGAUGGAAGAGAGGAUAAGCCUCCAUCAGUCAGUGGGGAAACAACAGAGACACCAGACCUCAAAGUACAUGAAGACACAGCUGGAGGACAAAAGCAAGAGAAGGAGCUCCAGGCAGAGAAACAACAGCAAGAAACAUCUCUGAGAAAGAUGGGCGAAACCAAAGAGCAGCCAAAGCAGUCCACCAAGAGGGAAUGGAUACUGUGGAAAGAACGACGAAAACAGGGGCUGGGGAGAAAGAAAGGAGCUGACAUUACUGAAACUCCAAAGGAGGUCAAUGAGGUCAGACAGGAAGGACAGCAGCAGGCAGUGCAACAACAACUGGACGUAAAGGAAGACGUCACAGAGCAGAUACAGGACUUCUUUAAGAGUCUCUCAGAGAGAGGAGCUGAGUGUCAGGACGCACAGCUGUUGGAGAUUGAUGUAAGACCUAUAGAGAAAGCAAAAAGAAGAGGAAAACAACAACGUAAACAAGUGAAAGAGUUUCAUGUAGAUCAUCAACAGAGAGUCUGUAAGAAGAGGCUUCAGGAAGAAGACAGAGAGCAGACACAGAAGAGUUCAAAAAAGGUAAAAGAGUGUCCAGAGGAACAAAAUGAUGGUCAGAUGGAGUCUGAAGACGACAGUGAAAAGGAGCAAGAAUUAACAGAUGAACCUGAAAAAAUGGAUCAAAGUUGGCAACAGGAUCAUGCAGCUUUGUGUCAGGGAGACCAACAGGAGGAGCUGUGCUGGAGCCAGCUGUCAUUAGGAUACAAGAAGAAGAAGAAGAAGAAGAAGAAGAAGAGGAAGAAGGAGGAGGAGCAAUCAGCUUACAACAUCUAUACUGUGACUGAAUGACUGAACACUGUGCAGCUAAUUUAUCUCUGUUCAUUCAGGUCUUUUGAGGCAAAUGUUCAGGAUUGUAACCAUAUGAAACAUUAUAUUUCUCAGAACAAAAAUAUGAAGACCAACAAAUGAACUCCUCUAAACUCUAUAAACACCCACUUGGAUCAGCAGGAAGAGUUGUCAACACAAAGCUGGAAACAAACUGUUUCUCUGCCUUUUUAGACACACAUGGUUCUCACAGGACAGCCACACUACAAACAUAUGAUCCUAUAAAGUAUGAUGCAUUGCCUUAAACAUCUACAGCAGUAAAAUAGCACCCACUCAUUAAUGCAGCAGGAAUAUUCAUCCAGAAACAUAAGACAGAAAACAACUUACUGCAACACUUUAAUAUUUAUGUAAUUUUACACGUUAUGUUUUGAAUGUGAAACUUUUAUUUGUAGUGGAUUAUUUUUACUGUGUAGUGUUUCGACCAAAGUAAAAGAUCUGAAUAUUCUCCCUUUACAUUUCUGCUGUUUCACUCACACUGUGGAGAUUCAUGAAACGCUAAU